GCACCGCAUUGCAGUACUAGAAUCAGUGUACACACAACUGAUCAAACUUGACGUUUGGUAUUUUUUUUUCUGCCCGUCUCUCGUCAAAUUGUUUCGGUCCUUUCACUGUUUCGUACGAGUUGUGUUUAGUUUUUCGAGGAAAAAGUUACGAAAAAGAUAAUGCCGGAAGCGCCCGCACGUAAUCCAUUGGAAGCUUUCAUUAACGCUGUUUAUGGGGCGAUCGAUGGUCCUGUUACAUGGUUCCGAGAAUCCGUUGUCGAACCAAAUCGCAAGACCUACCCGUGGUACCACCAAAAGUUCCGCCGUGUUCCUUCUAUCGACCAGUGCUACACCGAUGAUGCCGUGUGCUACUUCGAAGCCAACCAGCAAUUCAGGCGCGACAAAAUGGUUGACAACGAAAUCCUGAACAUUCUUCGCCAGCGAUUUGAAGACUGCGUCUUGUACGAGCAGCCCGAUUCCGACCGCAAGUGCAAAGGACUGCUGGACCAGUACGAGAAGGGAGCCGAGAACUGGUUCAUCAAGUAUGGUGAUCUUGGGGGAUACGCUAACGCCAAAAGCGCCUAUAUGAAGCAGAAACACCGCAUGGUGUGGGAGAGACGGCACGGUCCAGUCGGUUCCGGAAUGAAACAAACCGGCGAUGCCACCGAUGAGCACUAAGGAUAUUCGCAUCGUUUCAGAAGCUCCGACUGGGUUACGAAAAUGUAGUUGAAAAAUUAAUCAUUUCGUUUGAAAUUGUGUAAAUAUAAGGGCAACCGUAGAA